UUUUUUUUUUUUUUUGUGUUUAAAAAAGAAAAGAAGACUCUUAUAAAUAAAAAAGUGAAACAAUGUCAUCAUCAGUAUCAAUGGUAAAAUCUACUAAAAGGUUGGGAGGAAAACAACCAAUCAUUCGACUUUCUCCUUUACAUCCACGAUCAAUAUUUUUAAUUCUUCAUUUAACUAUUUAUUUACAAAUUUUCACAUAUUUAACACCACAAGACUUAUAUUCAUUAUGUUCAGUAUGUAAAAAAUUUCGUAAAUUAUUAUGGUCGACCAAACAAUCCAUUCAAGAUAUAUGGAAAUCAUCUAGAAUACAUAAUUUGACUUAUCCUUCUCUUUCACCACCAUCAGAUAUGACUGAACAACAAUAUAUUUGGUUGACUUUAUUGGCCAAACGAUGUAAAUUUUGUAAUAAUAGUUAUAAUAAAUUUGGGUAUAGUGUUUGGGUUAAAAGAGAAGCUUUAUGUAGUAAAUGUUUUUCCGAAAAAACUUUAUUAGUAAGAGACAAAGUGUUUCCAAAAUAUUUACCACAAGGAUUACUCGAUUGUAUACCAUAUACUAAAUUUAUGACAUGGUCAAGUGAAAAAUUACGAGCCUAUUGGAUUUCUGAUAUUAAAUUGGCUAAAAAAGAAUAUUCACUAUUAAAAUCUAAUAAACAGAAAAAAGAUUGGAUGAUUAAAAAAGAAAAGGAAACCAAAGAAAUCAUGAGAAAAGUAAACGCUUAUGAAAGACAGGACGAUGUAGCUUAUUUUAAUAAUUUAUACAUUAGUAAUUAUUAAUAUAUUAUAUAUUUUGCAUGUUUUGUAUCGUAUUUUUGUAUUUAUGUAUGUAAAAUUUUCUUUCAAUAAUAAAAAUUUAAUGGCUCUAUAUCAUUUAAACAUGGCG